UAUCAAUUAAGAAGAAAAUAAAACCCUAACCUUCAUCCUACUUCUUUGUUCUCUUUGCUCCGCCGUUGUUAUCUUUUCUAAGACACCAUGGCCGCCACAGAAGGACCAGUCGUUGCUCUCAUCAGUAAGCGUCUCCGUGCUCACCGCAAGAAAUACAACAAAAUUGUUGGGCUGGAAGAGUCGAUCUCUCAGGGGAAAACCCUAAACAAGGAUCAAGUAGAGAUCCUCCGUUCGAAGCCAAUCGUCACCGCCCUUAUCGAUGAACUCUUAAAGCUUCGUAUUCCUCCUCCCUCCGAUGUCGUUCCUGAAGAGACUAGCGUCCCUGCUAAGAAAAAAAAACAGCAAAAGGCACGUAAGGAGGAAGCCGAGGAGGAGAACGUAGCGGCCAAGAAUGACGACGAGGAUUGCAAGAUCUCUGAAGAUGGUGAAGUUUCGAAGGACAAUACUUCUCCUAGCGAGAGCUCACAGGAUGUUACGCCACCUCCGAGUAGUGGGAAGUCACGAAGACGUAGACGGAAGGCGAAGAAACCUCAGACUUCGGAGUAAUUGUGUCUCCAACAUCUGUUUGUAGCAGAAGUUGCUUUUGUCACAAUUGUCCUUGGCAGUUUCGUUUGGCUUUCUUCUUCUUGUGAACACAAGGAGGGCUUUUGCGUUUGAGCCUUUUCCAAUUUGGUUCAUUUAAUUCGCCAUGU